UCCCAGCGUGUAACUUGACAUUCCUUAAUAGCUGAGGAUAGACAGGGUACCGCUGAGCUCCAUGUGAAAGGGGGCUACAUCGACUCUGUGAUCUGCUUCAGUGACACAAGACAGCGAUGUUACAGCUGGAACGUAAAGGAAGAGUCGUUUCUUCGCGUUAUGGAUGAAUAAUGUUUUUCCACAGACAUUUAUUGGCGAGCUGAAACAACAUUUUUAAGAACAACAUAUGAAUGCCAAAUCCUGUCAAAUCGUUAUGGAUAAAAAUGUGCUCGUUGUAUUCAAACUAUUUGUUGUGGGGAUCUUAGUGAACACCUUGAUGGCAAGUGGGCUGUCAGCCACGGAGCACAUGUACGUGUUGCAGUCCGGGAGACCUCAAAUGGACCUGUGCAACGAGACGGACCUGCUGCUGGAGAUGGAGGUGUGCUCGAUUCAUUUUCGGCUGGACAUGGCACGAGUCGACCCGCAGUAUUGGUGUAACCUCACGCACAUCAUCAGGGAAUAUGACAACUUCUCUGCCUGCACUGAGGCCGGAGCCAUCCACCUGGGCUGCUACUGGCCCAACCCGCUGGUGGAGAGCUACAUCAUCGGCAUCCACCGUGACUACUUCUCCAACUGCACCCUGGAGCGCGUCGUGUGGGUGGACCCGCCCGACGACACGCUGGCCGCCCUCAUUGUCGCCCCCGUGUUCCUCACCCUGGCCAUGAUCGCCCUGGUGGUGUGGCGCAGCAAGCGAGGUGACGUCCUGGCAUGAGUUCCCCCCCCGCCCC